AUGUCUCUGUCCGGUUCUCCAUCAUCUGCCGCCUCAAUCGAUUCGGACGACUCUGUGCCGGAAGUGAGUGUGAUGACGGAAAAGUGUGCAAUUUGUGGAAAUCGUGCGUUCUGCUACAACUAUGGUGUAAGUUCUUGUGCGUCUCGUGUCCGAUUCCGAUUAAAUCGCUCAGGUCUUGACGUGCAACGCCUGUAAAAUGUUCUUCCGACGUGUGGAAGUCGACAAAAUCACGUACACUUGCAAGUUCUGGAACACUUGUUCGGACGGACUCGACGGCAUUUCAGCGGAGAAACGAUGCAAAGCGUGCCGUUUUCAGCGUUGUCUAAACGCCGGCAUGAGAUAUAUUGCGCCUGGAAAACCUCGUUUAGAGCUCAAAAACCGAAAGGACGACGGUGUGCAUUCAUUGAUUGGCCAACUAUUGUACAACGACUCCAGAAGACGAUACAAAGUGCUUCACUUGUUCACAACCGAAGACCCGACACUGAAAGAGAUGAUCGAGAGGAGCAGGGACUCGCGGAUGGUUGUGAAGACCACCCAACUGAAGACUCUUCCGGACAUUCACGAGUACUCGUUCUUUGGAAUCUACACAAGCAUUGAACACUUUUUGAGCUUGGACUUUAUGUAUUCACUGGACACCGCGGACAAGUUCGUUCUUCUUCAGCACUUUGCGAUGAAGUCGAUGUUGUUGGCGAGUGCAUUGAGGACGAAAUGCGAAGGGCGGGACACGAUUGUGACUCCGAAUGGAGACAACGUUUAUCCCGAUUCUCUCUACGCCAAGUUUUCGCCCGAUUUUCUGCAUCGAAUCCGCAGUUUGCUGGUGAGCAGACUCACCGAACUGAGAAUACGAAACGAGGAGCACGUGCUUCUCAAUGUGAUUCUCUUCUGCAAUCCCGGUCACUUUUCAAAUUUGCCUCACUAGACUCAUAAUAUUCACUUCUUCCAGCUCUGUGCGCUCUCUCGGAAACCGCCCGUUCGAGCGUGGCCGCUCAACAAAAAGUGUACAGUUCGGUGCUGUUGCAGUACUGUCUGUUGACGUACCAACAGAACGGACCGUCCCGUUUCACGGACCUGCUCUCGCUGUACGAUGUGAUCAAUGCGAACUUUGUGGAUGUUCAUCACCUACUCGUGCUGUUCCAGUUCUACAUGCCAGACUUCAAAUUCAAAAAAGUGUUCGCCGACGUGAUGAAGAACUGA